AUGUCAGCUCCCGAGCCUCAAUCAACUAUGAAUGUUGAUGAGUUUGAGAAGACACUCCUGCAGUUACGAUGCUUUGACACUAUGUUUCUCGUUGACGACUCAGAGGCCAUGCAACCAUACUGGCCCGAGAUCAAGACGCUGAUAGAGCGCAUUGCACCCAUAUGUGCUAAGCACGAUCCAGACGGUGUUGAUCUUUACUUCGUCAACCACCGACCAGGCGGCGUUCUGGCCAAAUUGCCCGGGUUGCAAUCCAUCCGCAAGUCGGGUUACACUCAUAUUGGCGGCUUCGUCGGCAACAUGCUCUUGACAAGCAAGGGAAAACAGGUGGGCAGCAUCUUUGAUAGUGUCAAGCCGGCUGGGAAGUGCAACAUGGGCGCCAGGCUUGGUGGCCUCCUCAAAUGGUACUGCGACAAAUACACAGCCGGAGAGGAGAAAGCUGCUCUCAACAUCGUCGUGCUCACUGCUGGCCAAUUCGACGAUGACAUCAAAACGCCCCUGAUCAACGCCGCGAGAACCCUCGAUGAGGCCAAGGCACCGAUUCAUCAGGCUGGUGUUCAACUGUUCCGCCUGGGUGGGCCGCAUCUUGAGCGACAGAGGACACUACAGCAUCUCGACGACGAGCUGCAUAAAGAGGCUGGAACACGAGACAUUGUCGAUACGGUGACUUGGAGCGGACAUGGAACAUCCAUGUCGGACGAUGAGCUGCUCAAAGUUGUGUUGGGAGCGGUUAUCAAGAAGAUCGAUAUGCGUGCCUCUGAGCUGCACUUGGACGAACAAGCCCUGACUGCACGCGCUGACCGGGAGUUUGAUGAGAAUAAUGUUAUCUAA